AACAGCCCCUCCCAUGUAUACUGGGGAAGGGGGGGGUGCUAUUUCGGGACACUGUCCCUUUGUACACAAGAUGUGGCUGGACGCUGUCCUGGACUGUCUGAGUCAGCCGCGUUCACUGACAGGAAGCAGUUCCAGGAAAUGACGGCCAGUCUGUAAACUUUUCCAAACUUCUUUAGAACUUUUUCCCUUGCAGGCAGGAGCAAGAUCAGCCCGGUGCCCCCCGCCGCCCCUCUCACCAUGCCGAGGGGUCAGGUGGAGGCUUUCUGAAAACCUGAGGUGCUACAGGUGUCCGCGAGCCUCAAGAUGGAGAUCAGGAACGGAGGGUCACUGAUUCUGGAUCCCGGGUUCCAGCAGCAGCUGGAGGACUCGAGGGAGCAGCUGAAACGGGAGAUCCAGAGGGAGCUGAAGAUCAAGGAGGGGGCUGAGAACUUACGCAAAGUGUCAACGGACAAAAAGCAUCAGGGCCACGUGGAGAGCCAGCUGAAGGCGUCCAACCGGCGCCUGCAAGAGCUGCACCGCCAACUGCAGGAGCUGAAUGGCCGCAUCGUCAUUAUGGAGAAGGACGCCAAACAAGGCAACGAAAGGGUUAAAGCGUUGGAUGGGGUGGUCUCUCCGGAUCACUGUAUAUUCGAUCAGAGCCUCGAUCCAAGGCAGCGCAGAGUGGAAGCGCUGAAGAGGCAGCUGCACAUAGAGAACAAGGUCCGACAAGGUGCAGAGAACAUAAUUCAGAUGUUUUCCAGUGGAGCUUCGAAGGACAGGAAGCUUCUGGCCACAGCUCAGCAAAUGCUUCAGGACAGCCGGAUAAAAACGGAGUUACUCCGCAUGCAGAUCGUGAAGUUAACACAGUCCCCGGGGGCGGCAUCUGACCUUAACGACUCGGACACGCUGUCGCCCCUGGAGUUACGACUGGAGGAGCUGAGGCGGCACUUACGAGUGGAAGCGGCGGUUGCAGAGGGAGCAAAGAACGUGGUGAAGUUGCUGGGUGGACGCAAACUGCAGGAUCGGAAGGCUUUGGCGGAGGCCCAGUCACGACUACACGAGUCCAGCCAGAAGAUCGACCUCCUCCGCCUGGCCCUGGAGCGCUGCUUGUCUGAGCUCCCCUCCGGACACCCCAAACAGCUGCUCAUCAAACAGGAUCUGCAGAGUUGUCCUACCGCGGGCGGCGUCUGGGGGAAGGAGCAGAUCCUGGGCCAGACCCUCACCCCUCUCAUCAAGCCGACGGCCCUGACGGGAACUCUGGAGAUCCACAUCUUGGGCUGUCAGGGGCUGCUGGAGUCGGUUCCUGGACGUUCUAGGGCGACGUCCGGUCACGAAAGUCCUAACGAGGCAAAGAACUUCAUGCGUUACCGGGCUGGAGGAAGCAGUCAUGGACGAGGCGGAUCUGGAAGAUACUUACGGACGGAUGAGAUCUGCGGAGAGGUGAUGUGCCUCCUCAAGGUCGAUAACAAGCCAGUCACUCAUACUAACUGGGGACCAGUUCACAACCAGUGCUGGGAUCAGAGGUUCACUAUCGAGCUGGAGCGGUCCAGGGAGUUGCAGCUGUCCGUGCAUUGGCGAGACUGGCGGGAGCUGUGCGCCAUCCGCUUCAUACGUCUGGAGGACUUUCUGGACAAUGAGCGGCACGGGGUUUGCCUGGAGCUGGAGCCACAAGGGAUGCUGUUUGCUGAGAUCAUGUUCUGUAACCCCGUGAUCGAGAGGAGAGGCAAAGUCCAGAGGCAAAAACGCAUAUUCCCAAAGCAGAAAGGAAACGAUUUCCUCAGGGCCACCCAAAUGAACAUAAAUUUUGCAACCUGGGGACGACUGAUGAUGAGCAUCCUACCUCCGUGCGGCACCGUGACUUCUCUUAGCCCACCGCUACCCAGUUCUAGCGAUACCCAGGUUGAUCCCGUAGACAGCACUUUCCCGGUGAAGAAAUUGAUCUUCAGCGAUGACCCUUCAACUAAGCCACCACCACCCAAACCUCCCCGCGUGUUCCUCCCGCUGGAACCCGAAAAAGAAGCGUCUUCCACAGACUCUUGUAAGGCUCCUGUGAAGUCCAUGAAGCGCAUCCACUCAGAGGAAGGAGGGACCCCGAGCUCUGCUGAACCCCAAAAGCUUCUCAGGAAAAGGGUGCUUCAGCUGGAUGACUUCACCUGCGUAUCUGUGCUGGGCAAGGGGCAUUUCGGGAAGGUACUUCUUGCUGAGUAUAAGAAGACGGGAAAGCUGUAUGCCAUCAAAGCGCUGAAGAAGCGAGAGAUCGUGAGCCGAGAUGAGUUUGAAAGUUUGCAGUGUGAGAAGCGGAUCUUUGAGGUGGUGAAUUCCUCUGGUCACCCGUUCUUGGUGAACCUUUUUGGAUGCUUCCAGACCUCAGCGCAUGCGUGUUUUGUCAUGGAGUACAUGCCGGGCGGAGACCUGAUGAUGCACAUACAUGAAAAUAUCUUCUCACUACCUGCAGCAAGGUUCUACUCCGCCUGCGUGGUCCUGGGGCUCCAGUUCCUACACCAGAACAAAAUCAUUUACAGAGACUUGAAGCUGGACAACUUACUGAUGGACGCCAGUGGCUUUGUGAAGAUUGCAGAUUUUGGGCUCUGUAAAGAAGGUAUGGGAUAUGGUGACAGGACCAGCACCUUCUGUGGUACACCCGAGUUCCUCGCGCCUGAAGUUCUGACCGACACGUCGUAUACGUACGCAGUGGACUGGUGGGGACUGGGAGUGCUGAUCUAUGAGAUGCUGGUUGGAGAGUGUCCAUUUCCUGGUGACGAUGAGGAGGAGGUGUUUGAUAGUAUCGUGAAUGAAGAAGUGCGUUACCCACGUUUCCUGGCCAAGGAAGCCAUCAACAUUAUACGAAAGUUACUUCGGAAAACACCUGAUCGCCGCCUAGGGGCUGGUGUAGGUGACGCAGAGGAGAUAAAGACACAACCUUUCUACCAGGAGAUGGACUGGGAGGUCCUGUAUGCCCGCAAGCUGCAGCCUCCCUUCGUACCUGCCUUAAACGAUCCCUUUGACGUUCGGAAUUUUGAUGAAGAAUUCACUGGGCAGAAACCUGUGCUGUCUCCAUCGGACGACCCUCGCCCCUUGACCGCCGCCGACCAGAUUCUCUUCCAGGACUUUGACUUUGUCUCUGAUCUUCUUCUUGGAGAGAAGGGGCAGUGAAGCUGCCGAUCUUAAGACAAUAUCUUGGCCUCUCUACGUUUGGUGUGUGAUAUAAUG